AUGGAAUCCCUCGACAUCAAGCCAUAUGAUGUAUUGCAAGCCCUCAGCAUCGAGCCAUGCCACUCGGAUGGCUCGGUCACCUCGGUCGAAUCUUCUACUAGAAGUUAUUUGACCGAAGAAGAAGAAGGAACAGGACACGAGGCUCUCACGACUCGUGUGUUUCUAGAUCUGAAACAUGAAGGGCCGGAAAGGCCUACUUCAGAGGUAGAAUGCACAAGAUACGAGACUGACAAUUCUUGUGUCUCGCUAGAUCUCAAGCUAGCCAGUGAUCAGGGCGAGGCGAUGAGUCCUAGAGAUCAAUCCAACGACCUAGAGCCGUUGGCCAAAAAAACUCUCUCCUGCAAAUUCUGCACGAGGGAGUUUUCUACCUCCCAGGCAUUGGGAGGCCACCAAAACGCCCACAAGGUAGAGAGGGCGGCGGUCAAGCACCGCCACAAAAUGGUGGACGCGGCCGUGGCGGGUCCCACGCGGCUACACCCAUACUUACCCUACUUAGCAUACCCUAACUUCAAUAGAUCGAUUGGGGACUUCAUUAGGGCAAAAUCGAUGAUUCAUAAACCCUACUCCCACUACCAUCAAGCAAUGGCGCGACGUCUCGCCCAGGAAAAGAUGUCUAGGGCUUACUUGGUAAGGCCCUCACCAUCAAUGAAGGUUGAUGGAUCUCUGAAUUUAAGAGGAAACCCUAAUCAACGGUUGAGAUUGAGGGAUGGAGGAUUUCUGAGUUUAGGAGGAAGUCAUAAUUCUGCCGCUAUUAAGGAUGUGGCAACUGACAACGGUCAUCAAUGGCUUGGAUUGAGAGUUGGUGGCGGUGGCGGUGGCGAUCAACAUGAAGCUGCAGAAGGACUUGAUUUGGAGCUUAAGCUAUGA